ACCGUGACGUCACCAGAAACAGCUCGCUAGCCAGUUGUUUUGGGAGAAGAAGAAAAGGGUAACAAGCGGAAGAAACACCGGACUUGGUAUCGGGUAGUAUUCAGUUUAUGGUCCUGCGUAAUUUUUUAAAAGAUACAUUUUGAACAAUGUCCACCCCGGCAAGGAGACGGCUUAUGAGGGAUUUUAAAAGACUUCAAGAAGAUCCUCCCACCGGUGUGAGUGGAGCACCAUCAGAGAACAACAUCAUGCUUUGGAACGCAGUUAUUUUUGGGCCUGUGGGGACACCGUUUGAAGACGGAACGUUUAAGCUGCUGAUAGAGUUUUCAGAAGAGUACCCAAACAAGCCUCCCACAGUCCGGUUUGUCUCCAGAAUGUUUCACCCUAAUGUUUAUGCAGAUGGCAGUAUAUGUUUAGACAUCCUUCAGAACCGCUGGAGCCCCACAUACGAUGUGUCGUCCAUACUCACCUCCAUCCAGUCGUUGCUGGACGAGCCAAACCCCAACAGCCCGGCCAACAGCCAGGCCGCACAGCUCUAUCAGGAAAACAAGAGGGAGUACGAGAAGAGGGUGACGGCCAUCGUGGAGCAGAGCUGGGUGGACGUCUGAGCUUCUCUCACUCUCUUCUCCAUCCCCCUCCCCGCUACCAUCUCUUCAACACCUCCGUACUCCUUCAUUUUCACUUCAUCAAGAAAAAACAGCAACUAUAUCAGAAGAACUCAAGUGCCACCCUUAAAAAAAAAAUAGGAAAACAACAUCCAGAGAACAACCAAACCAGAAUGGACAUAAACUUGCUUGCCAAUACAUUUUAGGAAAACAAGGGCGGGGAAAUUAAUGUUAUAUUUGUCUUUCUUGUCCUGAAUUUUACUUUUUUUUUUAUUGCAUGAUGUGAAUUAAGUUAUUGCUAACAGAAUUUGUAAUAUAUCUUUGUUGUUUGGAUUGAUUGAUGCUGCCAAUGUUUUGAGUUUUACAGAUUGUUUUUCCCCCUUUUUUGUGAUGUCUGCUGGUGUGCACACAAUUUGGCUUUUUGGGAAGGGCAGGUUGAUGACCAAAUCUGCAUAAUUUAAGAAUAUAUAAUCAAGAAUAACAAGCCUACAAACGGCUUUAAGAGUCACUAUCAUUGUUAUUCUCCAAGUCAGCCGCAGUUGCAGCCUUAUAGAGAUCUAUCCGCAGCAUAUCUCUGUUAUUUUAAGAGACACCAAAGGCAUGGGCCUCAGACGUCACAGGCUGCAGCAGCGCCAACUCUCCCUGGCACAGAUGAAGCUUUUAUUUAAAUCAUUUUUGCUCUGGUGUAGAAGAGUGUGUUAGAGAAGGAGAAAGUUAAUAUUAACACAAAGAUUGCACAGUUAAACUUGGACUGUGGAUGCCAAAGUGGAGAACAGAGUCAGUUUAAAGCAAAUCAUGUAUUUGUUGUAAUCAACAUUGAAUUUUCUACGAGUCAGUCUUCCCACAAGUGUCUUUCAUUGUGAAAUGUUAUCAUAGUAUGUAGGGCAGAGGGUCCUUUGAGCUCAAAGGCGCUUGUACCUAAAGAUUUACUUGAAUGGUGGUGCUAUAUCAUUUUUAUUAUGGUGCAUUCAUGCCUAACGGGGCUUGAGUGACAGUGGUAGCAGGCUGUGAUUACAGGCGAGUAGCAUCAGCAGUAAGUUGGUAAAAAGAAUAUCAUUUACUUUUACAAUAUCUGUUUUACUAUGCUUAUCUUCUAUAGUACACCAUUACUGGGGAAAUGUAAAUGCCUGUAUUUUCCAGUUUCAAACCCCAAAAUUACUUUUAAAUGCUUUGUUGCCUGGGACAUGUCAGUCAUGCUUCUGUUAAAAUGACACAGCUGACAUAUAAAUUAACCAGUGAGCUAGACUACGCAGUUUAUAUCCCGUUUUAACCAUGUGACAUCAACUGUUCUCCCAAAGGCUCAAGUUGUAUUCAUGCCUGCAUUUGUCCUGUUUUUUUUGUAUUUGUAUGCGAUACCCAAUAAAAACACCACUUGAGUAUGAAGUCAAGACUUAACCCUGCCCAAGUCCAGCUAAAACACCCACAGAAGACAGCUAUCAUAAAACAGUUUCUCUUUUCUGACAGUAUAAAGUCAUAUUGUGGCUAGAAAAAAAUAUUUCACUUAAUGAGAAGGGAUAUGUUAUAAAGAUUUUGUGAAUUAAUCAAAACAUGUAUACUUAUAACAUGCUGUAUAAACAUAAUAAAACACAUUUUUCAGAGUU